CACGGACCCGGUGAAACAACCCGAGGUGGAUUCAGCGAGCACGAUGUUCGACCCAGACGGACGUUAUUCAGACGCUGUUGUCUAUUGGAGGAGGACCGCGAUCUGAUUGGCCAGUAGUUGGGACUAGUGACUGGCUUUGAUCUAUCUCGGAACUUCACCUGCUCCGGGGCAGGUUCGCCGCUCGGCACAGGUCACCAUGGUGAUUUUCCCCGGUGAGAAGAGAGCCUGCUUCGUGGUACCGACCUCCGCGGUGUACCCUGGCUCCUAACCCCCCAAUGCAACACACAAUAAAAAUAAUAAACUUCGAAGCGGUCACGUGGAGAGGUGUGAAGCGAAGCUUCGGACGUCUUUGGUCACGUGAUUCUGAUAGACCGAAUCAAGCUCCGAUACGAGGCUUCACUGGAAAUCGUUUAAUUUUUUGUUUUGUUUUGGACAUACGCCUCGGACUUUUCGGCGUCACAAGGAGGAGGUUACUCAUCGCCGGGUUUGUUUUCGUGUCUUGGGAAGGGAAAAGGAGACUCGGACGUCCGAGGAGGGGAAUGGAUGCGACGACUGCUCUCCUGCGACAUUCACCGGUCAGCUACGAAGCCUCCACGUCCACUUGGAUGACCACUUGGGUGCACCUGAACUUUUCCGGACUCGACUACUUUCUGUUGUGAAUAAUAACAAUAUACGCAAGCUGUGAUCACCAGUGAAGGUGUCCAGCACAUUCUGCUGGAGUGGCUAAUAGUCAAGAGCGACUCAACCACAGCCUGAAGCUAACCAGCGGCUAGCCGAAUUCCCCGUUCUUUGUUUAUUGUAUUUGCUCCAUCGGACGCGGUCGGAUUCAUCCUCCUGGAGUCGGAUUAAUACUCGAGUUGAGAAGGGGGACGCUGGUUCUAGGUGUGUAACCUCGGCUCUUUUCUGUAAAGGACACUGACAUCAUCUGACUUCUCACUGAUGGCUCGGUAGUAUCGCGGUACUGCAGCUGACCCAGCUAGCUAGCACCUGUGUUAGCUAGGAGGUAGCGCGAGCAACCGUCAGCCUCCGCUCGGCCUUCACAAGCUCCUUGACGGUAAAAAAAAAAAAAAAAAAAAAGAAAGAAAGAAAAGAAAAACAAUGCACCACCAGGACCUUUCUGGAGACCCGCCCGGGAGCCGGAGAACUGCUUCCCACUACAGGAGGGGCAGCAGCGGUGCGUCUGCCUCGUCCGCAGCCGGCGGCAGUGGAGUCAACCCGGCGGACGACAGCCCAGCCCAGGCCGGAUCCUCCUCUCCUGGACUGCAGCACCAGCCCCAGUCCCAGGCGGCCGGCGCUCAGGUGAAGAAGAAGAGCGGCUUCCAGAUAACGAGCGUCACCUCGGCUCAGAUCAACGUGAGUGGCAACAACAGUUUAGCGGAUGACACCGAGAGUUACGACGAUAUGGAUGAGUCGCACACCGAGGACCUGUCCUCCUCUGAUUUGCUGGACGUCAACGUGUCCAGGGCCACGGACACAGGUGUGCCCGAGCGAAGCUCCUCCGACGAGACGCUGAACAGUCUCCACGGAGUCGACACACCGGGACUCGCGUCGCCCAACGAACCUCUCCAACCUCAUUCCAUCCAUCAGGGGUCUCAGCAGCACCCCUCCAUGGUAAAUGGGACCAUGCAUCAUCAUCAUUAUUAUCCUCCUCAGCAACACAGCCAGGCCCACCAUCAUCAUUCUGAUGAGCCCCCAGCACUCCCCGCUGCGCCCUUGGCGAGCUCCAGCCCAGCUAUGGCCUCCAAAGCUGGGCCCAGCAUGUCCCAGAGGACACCAGUGUUGGAUAACACAAAACCGGCAAGUGGGACAAAUCAACCAUUAGGCCCUAUUGCUGGUGGGACAACCACUGAUGCGCAUCUACUGGGCAGUAUAAACAUUAGUAAUGUGACUUCUGCUGCUGCUGCUGCAGUUCCUCCACCUGGGUCUGCAGGUUUUGACAACACUAGUGUGGGUGGGUAUGUCGCUUCUGGUGCAGGAGGAACGGGCCCUUCUGCUGGUGCCCCCAACACCCAAACCCAGCACGCCCAAACUCAGACAGCUCCUGGCUCUCGUUUCAGGGUGGUCAAGCUAGACACUAACUGUGAGCCCUUCCGCAAAGGAAGGUGGACGUGUACUGACUACUAUGAAAAGGAGAUUCCUCCCCCAGCUACGUCAGAGGCACCGAAAGGUGCAGAGUUGGCAGCGGAGACCGAGGCAGGCCCUGCAGGGAUUAGCCCAGGUAUGCCUGCUGUGCAGCCACCUCACACACUGCAGGCCUAUCAACAGCAGAGUCUGGAUUUCACUCGUCCACAAGCCAUGCUGAGCCCGCCCCAGGGGCUGGCGCAGACCACUGCUCUGACAUAUGUUUCACCCCAAGAGGUUGUAGGUGGAGCUCACGUGGCAAAACCAGUGGCCACUGUCAUUCUCCCUACAGCAAUGCCACAGGCCGGUGGAAGUCAGCCCCCACCUGUAAUACCUCAGCAGUUGCCCUAUGCUGUGGAUCCCCACCAGGCUCUACACCAGGAAGAUUACCCUACACCUCAGCUCCUCGCAGGAGUCAUGACCAAAGGAAGCGUUCGUCAGCCAGACUUCAUCCGGCCCACUGCUCCCUUCCAGACUCAGGUCACGCCUCCAAUACAACAAGGUACACCAGGAGCAAUACCAGUGCCAGGAGUUGCUGCAUGGCCAGCAGCAGUCAGCACCACUCAGCAGCUGCCCCAUCAAGGUCAGGUAGCCCCGAGUGCUCCAGCAUCUUUUGCGGCAGGACAGCCACAGACACUCCCAUCUCAAACCCUACCUCACCCACAGCCACAAGUCCAGCACCCCUCCACUGCCACAGUCCCAGUAGCGCCGACACAUGGGAUCCCCUACAUGCCUCUGACUGCACUGCAAGCUGACCUUCAGCCCCUUCUCACACCAGGCGCGACCUUCCCCCACGUCCCUGCAGGAGGGAGCUCCAUGAGAUCCUCGCACCUGGAGGACGCCCAGAGGCUUCUGCUCCAGCACCAAGGCCUGCUGGGUUUACCCAGGCGGGUGGUAGCGGCAGUUGGAGAGGGGGGUUCAGAGGCAAGCGGUGCUGCUGGAUCACUGGCCCGUAUGGGGAUGUCGGCUGUGGCCAGCGAUUUCAUGGCCUUCCAAGGAGAGGAGGACAGCUCUUCGGGUGCAAGUGUUGUGGCCAUCGACAACAAGAUUGAACAGGCGAUGGACCUGGUGAAGAGCCACCUGAUGUACGCCGUGCGCGAGGAGGUGGAGGUGCUGAAGGAGCAGAUCAAGGAGCUGAAUGAGCGCAACACACAGCUGGAGCAGGAGAACAACCUGCUCAAGACCCUGGCCAGCCCCGAGCAGAUGGCCCAGUUCCAGGCACUGGUCCAAACCGGCGACUCCCCGACCGGCACCUCCCAGCCUCUGGUCCCGGUGCCCACCGGCUCGACGCAGCCCCCCCCCUCCACACAGAACUCGGGCCCGUCUGCGUAACACAGAAGCUUGCACACUGGAGAGCUCCCAGAGGACGAGAGAUAGAGGGGAUGGAAGGAAGAAGAUGAAGAGGAGGAAGGAGUCUUGGCAUACUGUGAACUGACUCUACCAUCAAGACCGACUCGGCCACCGGCGCAAGGACACGUCAACUGAACCGCCGGAUGAAAAAGCGACUUUUCCUUUGUUGCACAUUUAAUUUAACUAAAAGACUUUGGAGUUGCACCGGUGCCUGUGUGUGUGUGUGUGUGUGUGUGUGUGUGUGUGUGUGUGUGUGUGUGUGUGUGUGUGUGUGUGUGUGUGUGUGUGUGUGUGUGUGUGUGUGUGUGUGUGUGUGUGUGUGUGUGUGUGUGUGUGUGUGUGUGUGUGUGUGUGUGUGUGUGUGUGUGUGUGUGUGUGUCUGUGUGUGUGUGUGUGUGUGUGUGUCUGUGUCCGCUUCAUCUCUGACUUUUAUUACCUGCUUAAGACAAUCACACUGCUCAUUGUGGUGAUGUUGAGGAGGAGGAGGAGGAGGAGGAGGAGGACAGAGCUGAAUGUCGUCAAGAUGUCACCAGGAGCUAACGUAGGUGUCGGCUAAUCAGGGGAGCGAGCCGCAUGCUCUCGUCUAGUGUGACCCGUGGAAAGUGUGCCAUUGUCUCACCCCACCUCAACCCAGGGCUGUCCAUCUGCACACAAUUUUUAUUUAAUUUUUUUGAAACUCCUCAGCUUGUUCUUUUCUUUUCCCACCCUUUGCACUUUUUUUUCAGACGAUGCUGACAAUGGACGGACCGUAGAGAUUUGUGCGCCCCAUCUGGAAUGGGGAGUCAAAUAAUCCAGCAGACAUUUUUCUGCAUCUGAACACGACAACAGGUCUUGAUUACCGGGUUGAGGGGGAGUUUUUUUUAAAUUUGUUUUUAAAGAAGAAGAAGAAAAUAAAUAGAUGUGAUCUGCGUCUCAUUGUUCACUUUGAGAACUCUGUGUUCUUUCUGAGGUUCCCACGAACCGUCCCCACCCUCGACGCACUUGCCCCCUGUGUAUGGAGCAUUAAACAUUUAUGCAGGGAAUCUAUGUUUUUAUUUUUUAUUUUUCUUAGGGCGGGCUGGGAGAGGAUGAGUUUGUUUGUUUGUUUUUUUGUCUGUUUUCUGUUUUUGCUCUUAUUGGUGUAAUAAGUGUCCUAGUGUAAAAAUAAAUAAGAGGGGCGAAUAAAUAGGACAUGACUUUUCUCGAUAUUGAACUUUGUACAUAGGAAAAUGUCCGAUUAAACUCUGCCAAGUGCCUGGUUUCUAACCAUAGAUACAUAUAUAAAAGCUUUUUUUAGUUGACUAAUUCAUAUAUUUGUAUAUACAUACAUAUAUAUAUAUAUAUAUAUAUAUAUAUAUAUAUAUAUCUAUGGUUUUGCCAGGUUUUGAACUACCUGUGAUGUCAUUACUCAGGGUGGGACCAGAAGAGGAUUAUUUACCUCCACGCUUAGAGGCUGUCUCUCCUGCAGUGACACACGGCCUUUUACUGUACGUGCACUCUCCUCUGCCGUCACGUCCAAACUCAUUCACUCAAAAGAUCUUGACUGUUUUAUCAUGUGGGGACAAUGUGUAGGUGUUAUAAAGAAUUUGUUUUGUUUUGCUCUCAUCGUCUUUUGUACAGCCAAGUGUUUUAAGUUGCUUGUGUAGCGCAACUGGAGCGCUGAACAAAAAUUGUGAGGGGGAAAGGAUAGUAUGUCGAUGUUUUGUGCAUGUUCCUCAGCCCAUCACAAAUGUGACGUUCAAAUUGCACUAGACAGUUGCACCUCAAAUAAAAAUGAAAUCUAUAAAAAAGCAA